CUUAACAUAUUCCAAUUCAUGUUGUAGUUCAUCUAUAACGUUUUCAUACUCAUGAAGGAUAUUUCUAAAGUUGCUAAAAAUUAAAACAUCAGAAAACUGUCAAAAUAAGUAAGGUUACUUAACUCACCCGUCAAGAACGUUUUCCGCACUCAUUUAACAAUCUUUCUAUUGAAUUUGAAUUCAAAUCGUCAUUGUACCAUCCGAUGAAACACUGUCGCGAAAUUCCCUGUUCUCAGUAAAAUGUGACCAGGCAACAUGGCCCGUCGUGUCCUGGUGAAAAACAAAAUAAAUUUGAGGGAGUUUGGAUAAAAAACGUGACGACAGCGUUUUGUUUUGUUAUUGUUUGUAUUGCCAAGGCCUGCUGGUUUGUUGCGGCGACCGCAGCUGGCUGCGGUCGAUACGUUUGCGAGGGAAAUUCGAGAGUUUCCUGAGGUUUCAGGAUGCAGACUAAUUUAUACAAAAACAUUGAGAACGACCAGUGGCCUAUAGUGUACACAAAAAAAUACAACGUCUACUUCCUAGGUCUAGAAAAACUCCACCCCUUCGACGCCAAAAAAUGGGGCAACAUAUUCAAAUACCUCAAUGAAUAUGGAUUAGUAAAUAAAGAGACUGUCACAGUGCCAAACGAAGCAAGAAAAAAAGACUUAUUGCUAGUGCAUACUGAAAAAUACCUGAAAAGCCUGAAAAAUAGCUGCAGAGUCGCUUGUAUCGCUGAAGUUGUGCCUUUGAUAUUGGUGCCGAAUUAUUUUGUGCAGAAAGCGUACUUAAAACCGAUGAGGUACCAAACAGGAGGGUCAAUCUUGGCAGGUAAACUGGCAAUCGACCGCGGUUGGUCCAUAAACUUGGGAGGAGGGUUUCACCAUUGCUCGGCGGCCAAGGGAGGCGGGUUUUGCGCUUACGCCGAUAUAACACUAACCGUGAAGCACUUGUCCUUGUAUUUCCCGCAAGUUAAGAAAAUAAUGAUCGUUGAUUUGGAUGCUCACCAGGGAAACGGUUACGAGCGCGAUUUCAAGUUGAAUGAUCACGUGUACAUUAUGGAUGUUUACAAUAAGUUUGUUUACCCCAAGGAUAAGGUGGCUAAGGAUUCCAUAAGGAAAAAGGUUGAGUUGGCGUUGUUCGUGGAGGAUGAUGAGUACUUGAUAAAAGUAAAAAAAAACAUCAUUGAAGCCUUGGAUGAAUUCCACCCAAAUUUAGUAAUCUAUAAUGCAGGAACUGAUAUUUUAAAAGGAGAUCCUCUGGGGGGGUUGUCAGUAUCACCGGAGGGCAUUAUAAGUAGGGAUGAAAUAGUGUUUUCCAUUGUAAGAAAUAGAAACAUUCCGAUAGUUAUGUUGACUAGCGGUGGUUAUCAAAAAUGUACUGCAAAAAUUAUUGCCGAUUCAAUCAUUAAUCUUUAUAGUAAGGGGUUGAUUACUGGUCCAAAUGAAAGUUGUACCAAGUAAGUGCUUAAAUAUUUAAGUUGCUCUUAUCAUAUCGUAUUAAAGUUAAUUUAUCUGUUAUAAAAAGCUGUAAACUGUACUUAAUAAAAAAUGUAAAACAAGUAAUAUGUUUUUUUGAUUGAUUUGAUUGUGGCCUAAAUUGCUGGGCUUCGGCCCGAGCAAGGGUCAGGUCAGAUUGGACCUUUUGCCCUUCCUCAUAUGUGGAUAGUUAGAACUUUUAGAGAGAGAGAGGGACAGUGCUUUCGCACGGACUGGGAAAGGGUACAGGGUGUUUUUUGGAACCGCCAGCGGCCUAAAACGCUUAUUGUCUUUUUAUAUUGCAGGGGAAAGGGGACAAAAUGCCUAUAGAAGACAUGUGCCCCCUUCGUCUG